AUGGCGGUAAUAACAUCUCCAGGUGAAGAAUACAAACCAAAUUUAGACCUUGGAAAUCAUCAUACGCCAUUAAUCUUCAAUCCUUCAGUGCUUAAUCUCCAAUACAAUAUCCCAAUCCAAUUCAUUUGGCCUGACGAGGAUAAACCUUCCAUCGACGUUCCCGAGCUUGACGUUCCACUUAUCGAUCUCGGAAACUUUCUUUCUGAUAUUGACUCCACUUCUUCUUCUUCUCUCUCGUCCUCUGUUUUAGAAGCUACCAGUCUCAUCUCUACGGCAUGUAAUAAGCACGGCUUUUUCCUUGUAGUUAAUCAUGGCGUCAGCGAGGCGCUUAUAUCAGACGCUCAUGACUACAUGAGCCGCUUCUUCGAUUUGCCUCUCCCCGAAAAACAGAGGGUUCUGAGAAAACCUGGCGAGAGCUGUGGCUACGCAAGCAGUUUCACCAGCCGCUUUUACACCAAGCUUCCAUGGAAGGAGACCUUUUCUUUCCCGUUUUCGGACAGCAAGAACCGCUCAAAAACCGUUCAAGAUUACUUCUGUGAUACAUUGGGACAUGGGUUUGAGCCAUUUGGGAAGGUGUAUCAAGAGUACUGUGAAGCAAUGAGUUCUCUGUCGCUAAAGGUCAUGGAGCUUCUUGGACUAAGUUUAGGCGUACGCCCAGACUAUUUUCGAGAUUUUUUUGAAGAAAAUGAUUCGAUAAUGAGGCUUAAUUACUACCCCCCAUGUCAGAAACCAGAUCUCACAUUAGGAACAGGACCUCAUUGUGAUCCAACUUCUCUGACCAUCCUUCACCAAGACCAUGUAAAUGGCCUUCAGGUAUUUGUCGAAAAUCAAUGGCAAUCCAUUCCUCCUAAUCCCAAGGCCUUUGUGGUCAAUAUCGGUGAUACUUUCAUGGCUCUAUCAAACAAGAGGUACAAAAGCUGCUUGCACAGGGCGGUGGUGAACAGCGAGAGCGAGAGAAAAUCACUUGCGUUCUUCUUGUGUCCGAAAAAGGACAGAGUUGUGAAGCCACCGAGGGAGCUUUUAGAUAGCAUCACACCAAGGAGAUACCCUGACUUCACUUGGUCUGUGUUUCUUGAGUUCACUCAGAAACACUAUAGAGCAGACAUGAACACUCUCCAAGCGUUCUCAGAUUGGCUCACAACAAACGCCUCUAAGACUUAA